GCUGAGUGGUUGUGUGGAGGGUUUACGUGGAGCGCUAAAAGUUUCGCGCGCGAAAGUUUUCGAGCGUUACAAAGGAAGGUGCUUGAAAAUAAUUACGUAUGAACGUGUUAUAUUUGUGUUUGAGUUAGAAUUCAAUUUGUGAGUGUACGUGAGCUGCUUGGCCGAUUUUUUGAAAAAAUCAGAAGCGGUACCCGGAGAAGGAAUAAGCCCAAAAAUGUGAAAUGCGCGCGCGCACAUGAUUUCAAUCGCCAAUUUCACUCACACACCGACAAAUAGCCAGCCGUACGCGACACAGAACCUCACAUACAAACAUGAAACGCCGAACGCGAGCCGCGACGCGAAUAUAUUCGACCGAAUUGAUUACGAAUCGAACGCGUCGAAUAGUUCGUUCAUGGCCAUCAAUUUUACUGAGUACGCCGAAAUACCAUAUUACAUAAAGGCGACGUCCAUGACGUUCUGCAUAGUGAUCAUGUGUCUGGGCGUGAUCGGGAACGUGAUGGUGCCCAUAGUGAUACUGAAGACGAAGGACAUGAGGAACUCGACGAACAUAUUCCUGGUGAAUCUGAGCAUCGCCGACCUGAUGGUGCUGCUGGUGUGCACGCCCACGGUGCUGGUGGAGGUGAACUCGAAGCCGGAGACGUGGGUGCUGGGGAAGGAACUGUGUCUAGCAGUACCAUUCGUCGAGCUGACCGUCGCCCACGCCUCCGUGCUCACCAUCCUGGCGAUCAGCUUCGAAAGAUACUACGCAAUCUGCGAGCCCCUCCGAGCUGGCUACGUGUGCACCAAGACGAGAGCGACGCUCAUAUGUGCGCUGGCCUGGUUCUUUGCUGCUCUGUUUACUAGUCCAAUUCUGGGAGUAGCGACAUUCACCUACGAGCGAUACGACGAUGGCACAGAGGUCCCCGUCUGCCUCACGCAAGCCGACACCUUCUGGUCUGCGCUAUUUUUUAUCCUCAUCAUCGCCGUCUUCUUCAUCAUUCCGUUGGCCAUCCUGCUCGUGCUUUACAGCAUCAUCGCGAAAAACCUCAUGGAGAACCCGAUACUCAUCGCUCACAAUAGUAAAAACUCCAACAAUGCUGCUAAUGUAAUCCGCUACAGGAAACAAGUCAUACUCAUGCUUGGUACAGUAGUCCUGUCCUUCUUCAUCUGCCUCCUCCCUUUCAAGGCCCUCACCUUGUGGAUCAUAGUAUUCCCACCAGAGACAAUAAUGUCAUUAGGUAUAGAUGGUUAUUAUAUACUUUUGUAUUUUUGUAGAGUAAUGUUAUAUUUAAAUUCGGCGAUCAACCCUAUAUUAUACAAUUUGAUGUCUUCGAAGUUUAGGGAAGGUUUCGUGAAAUUGCUAAGGGUUAAUAAGUUGAUGCGAUGCGGCAGGAAUUUGAGAGAGAAUAUGCAACGGAGAGAUACGUUCAAUACAACCACAUCCACGGGAUUUUCUAGUAGUCAAAACACAAGCGAUAGCUUCUGGAGAAGAUAUAGCAACAGAACGUCCUCUCAAAGGUAUUUCUUCAAUAGAGAAAGCAAAAAGUUGAAAGAGGUCAAAGAAGCUUUCGAUACAAAGGUUCAGCAGAUGAAGGUAGGUGAAAUCAUCAAUGUGGAAAACACUAGGCGUAACAGUAUGAAAAUCAUAGCAGCUAUGAACGAACUGAAUGAUGAUCUGAGUAAUAUCAUUAAUGCUAAUAAUUCGAAACAUGAUGGUGUACAAUUCGAAGCAGUCAAUGAUCUCAGUGCUGUCGACAUACAUAUAGAAGCUGAUAAUUUUGAAUCUGCUGUUGAAAACAGUAAACAGAUACAAAUAUUGAAUUUAGACUCUAAGAACAAUGUAUAUUCUGCAACAUUAGAUGUGAAUGAGCGAUGUGAUAGAAAUAGAUAUGUUUGUGUACCAGAUCAAGAGAAAAAUAUAUUUGUAUACGAUUUUAAAAGUAAUGAGAGUUUUGUCUAAAUAUGGCUGUUGGCAAUGUGCCAAGUAAAUCAAUGCAUUUAGUCAGAAUUUAUAAAUUUUAUAUGUAAGUUUGUAUAGAUACUUAAAUAUCGUAAGAAUGUUUGACAAUAGCGUUGUAAAAAUUAUUGAUAUUACCAUUGUUUUAAUGUUAUAGUUUUAUUUAUGAAUAGGCCUGAUUUACAAUGCCAUGAUAACCCACAUUCGUUCACUUUAAAUUGGACUGCUUAAAUAAUUUAGGAAAAGUCAAAAACCCACAUAGCAGAACUCCUUGGUGAUGUAAAGCAGGUCUUUUAUAUCAUAUCAUCGUAAUAUUGUAAACACCAUUAGAUUAUAAUCUAUCCAGUGAGUUUAAUGUCUGUCGAAAAGAUGCUAUGCGUAGUAUACAGCUUACAAUGUAACGCAUUAUUCAGUGGAUUACCUAUCGAUGUGAAACCGUUAAAUUAAAAAUGUAGCAUGCGAUAUGAUGUGUUAGGUUAUGUUUGGUUUAUUUUUUUAAAUAUAGGAGUCUCCGAACCAGGGCUCUGUUGACUCACAACCUAGCUGCACCUGACGGACGUCUAGGAAGAGUUAAUUCUCGGUAUAAUAAAACAAUAACUGUGUAGCGACACAUCUCUGAAUCGCGCAAGCGAAUCGCUACAGAGGCAUAUAUACAACUUUCUAACAAGAUUUAAUUGGGGUCUUACAGGCCGGCCAGUCGAGUGGACUAGUCGAGGAUCCUCCCUUUUUCGAUGGGGGAUUCCACCUUCCUUCCUCCACAACUGAUAUGUUUGCGUUACAGCGGAACGAAAAACUUUGAGUUAAAUUGUAAACAUUUGUUACACAUCACAAUUUCGCCACUUUGUAAUCUCGCGGAUUAGUUUAUAAUCUAACAGUUUUUACAAUAUUAGGGUGGCAUAUAAUAACAAAUGUAAUCAAUACUGCCUAUAAGUGCUAUGUUUAAAAUACACGUUACAUUUAUAAU